UUUGUAGUGGUGUGAUAUGUGUGAAUACAUUCAACUAUGACUUGAUAGUUAAUUCCAUAGAAAUUGCGUUUUAAUAAAAAAUAUACAUGAAUGACAUUGGAUCAAGAUGAUUAAAAUUGAAAACUGGUAAAAGGACUCAUGCUUCUUACAUUUGUUGAUAUUGACAGAAUUCAGGGGGAGGAUGAAAUAGUACCACGAACAUUCUGGGGGGCAGUUCCUCCCAAAGGAACCGUUAGACUCAGGAUCCCUGUGUCAAACGUGGUGUUGUUAUACUACUCAGGAAAACAUAAAUGUUACGGCAAAGCAGAUUGCAAGGAUGUAUUGUUGAACAUACAGAAACGGCACUUGAGAAAGGAAAUGGACGAUAUUAAGUACAAUUUCAUGAUCGAUGACGGUGGCAGUAUAUACGAGGGUAGGGGGUGGUACACGACUACUCCAGUGCCUACUAAAUACACUCCGCUCACCAGCAAGUGUAUCACUAUAGCUUUUGUGGGAGAUUACUCGUUGGAACAGCCCAGCCAGAAGAUGGUCACAUCUGUCUUGAAGUUGAUAAGCUACGGCGUUGCAAGAAACGUUAUCACCAAAAGGCACGAUUUUGUCACCUAUCGAAUGGAUGAAUGA